AUGAAUUGUUCCUUCGGUUCAAGCCUGAGCGAUGCCAAACCAUUUCUUUCCCGUGUAAGAUCUCAUAAACCUCAAGGGAAACCCAUCUUGACUGCUUUUUCCUGCAGAGCUCGUGAAAAGGAUCAGAGCACCGACUUCUAUAAGGUUCUUUCUCUGAACUCGAAUCAGGCAAGCAUUGAUGAGAUAAAGAAAGCUUACGGAACCAUGGCUCGUCAAUAUCAUCCUGACGUACGUCAUCCUUCCAAGAAAGAUGAAUCCACGAGGAUGUUUGUCCAAUUGCAUGCGGCUUAUAAGACCCUGUCAGGUCCUGUGUUGCGUGAAGAGUAUGACUGCAGAUUGAGUUCCAGGAAUUUGGAAGGAAAAUUCCGGGCGGAUUUUCCUGAUCACUAUUCAAGAAUCAGGUGGCAGGAACAAAUUCAAGAGUUAAAGAGGAGGUCCAGCUACCUAAUGGCACAAAAGGAAAGAUCAUGGGGCAGUCGGAUGAGGGCUAAGAGCAAUGAGAAGAAGGACUAA